AUGGCGUCCGGAUGCACAGAGAGAGCGGUGCUGGAGUUCCUGACGGGGAGGGGUGGGAGGGUCAGGCAGAUGGAGCUGAUCGACUAUUUCGCGUCGAUCUGGGAAAACGACUCGGAGAAGGACGCGACGGCUCGCGAGACUCUGACACGCGUCGUGGACCACGUCGCGUGCUUAACGCUGGAGAACGGAGUGCACGUCGUGUGCCUGAAGGAGGGCUGCAUGGACUCGGCGACGCGCACCCACGCCGACGGCCACGACCAGGAGCGCAAUGGCAACGCUUUCGGGGCAGGGGACGCGCCGCUGUCCGGGGCAGCCGGUCCCCCCGGCGACGUCGACGAGGCCUCGGACUGCAACGUCAGUGGCGACCCCUGCAGCGGAGGCCGCAAGCGGGGGAAGGACGCAGCCCUGCGCGGACCCGCAAGUGAUCCCAAGUCAAGUGGCAACGAGAGGCCGUCCGAGUCGGAGGAACCCGUCGCUGCCUGCCGUGAAGGAGGCACAAGUGGGACCCCCGCCUGGGCUGGAGGGGAGGUGAAGCUGAGAGAGAGGAGGAGGCGAGAGUCCGCCCCAGCUAUAGGGGCCGAGCUUGACCCUGCUCACCCGGGAGGGCACCACGGUCAGGUGAGAGGGGCCCGCAGGGUCUCCAGGGGUUCCCAGAGAGCUGUGCUGACCAGCUGUCUGUCAGAGGACGGCGCUUGGGAUGGACUGGAUACGGGUGGGGACGGCAGUACUCCCAAAGGCAGCCGCAGGAACUUCAUCGAGCUGAUGAUGAGCAGCUCCCCUCAGGUGCGAAGGUCCCUGAUCCACCGCAGUUCACGCCUCAGGGACUCUGUGAAGAGCGACGGUGACUGUACCUCACUCCUCUCCUCCUUGGCCACAGAUGAGGACUGCGCCUCUGUCACCCUGGACCCCCUGGAACAUGAGUGGAUGCUGUGCGCCUCAGAUGGCCAGUGGGACAGCCUGCAGCCCCUUCUUGCCACGGAACCGAGCCUGGUGGCCAAAAGAGACUUUGUAACUGGGUUUACGUGUCUCCACUGGGCAGCCAAACAGGGCAAAGCCGAGUUGCUGUCCCAGCUGCUAGGCUUCGCUAAGGAGAGCAUGGUGCCUGUGGACGUGAACGCCAGAUCCAGCGCUGGCUACACACCUCUACACUUGGCAGCCAUGCACGGACAUACACAGGUGGUGCGUGUGCUCUUGUCCGACUGGGAGGCCGACCCUGAGACCAGAGACUACAGCGGGAGGCGCGCCAUCCAAUAUCUCCCCCUGCCAGUGGCCACAGAGCUGCGGGAGGACAGGGCCAGCGUUUCCCCCGGAGCAGAGUCGGACACAGAGAACGCCGAUGGCGGCAGCAGGGGUCGGGGCUGGCGCUUACCUAAAGUCCUCCAGUCCAACCUGAACCCCCUCAGGCUGCUGAACCCCCCGGCAGAGGGAGCGGAGGAGGUGGGGGUCCGGGCGGGGAAGGCCAAGGGAGGCGUUCAAAGGAAGCCAUCGCUGAGUCGGCUGAACACGAGGCUGCAGCGGGGGCACCGCCGUACCCAGAUCAUCCACAGCACCUCCUUCAGGGACUCUGAGGAGGUGGGCGGAGGAAGAGAAGAGUUUUCCAGCAGUCCUCUCCGAGCCCGACCGCUGUCCAAUCUGUUUGGAUGA